AUGAAUAAAUUAUCAAACCUCGGCCGCGAUAUGAGGCACUGGUCAGGCCCAGGAUUCGGCAUGUCGCGACAGAAUCAAAUGAAUGGCAUGUCCUCAAUGCCGCCUCAUACAAAACCGACACCUACACCAAUACUGGCACCGACCCCUGCGGACUCUACUAUCCACUAUUCAUUCAACAUUCCCUUCGCUUCCGAUCUCGCCGGCCCAAACACGGAGGACAUCCUUUACGCUACAGCCCAUGCGGUUCUCAGAUGGACACAUCCCGAAGACGCGCCUGAUGACAUUCCAGUAUGGAAAUUGCCCGUACAUACCUCAAAUAUCGAAAUUCUCACGAAGCUUUGCGCAGAUAUCUCCAAUGGCCCGUUGCCAGUUGCGGCAGAUGUCGCCGUCACCACGCCCAAGCGUCCCGGUGCCUCCCCAGCACAAGUGACGACUGUCACUCUCUCGGGAAGCCCGGAAUUGGUACACAAGAGCAGAGAGACGAUCUUGAAUGAUACUCCUAUCGCAUUGCGUUGUGCAGUUGUCGACGUCGACGGAGAUUUGAUUCUCGAUUCCGCAAAGUCAGGCUUUAAGACAUCCGUCAUUGAACAUCUGGAUCAGGUCGCUGCGUUCUGCGGAGUUGAUAUAUUCCUACUAGGUCCGAAAUUCACCUCCUCGUUGACUGAUGGGCUCAGCAGUAAUGGUGAGGCAGGAAGGGAUCAACGCUGGAGAGUAGCAGUCUAUGGAGAUAUGGAGAGUGCUGAACACGGAAAGACAAGAAUCUUGGUCUACAUUGACAAGCUACUUGGACGCAUUGUUGACGGAGCAAUCCUCGAGCUCUCCCUUCACUCUAUUAUAUGUGGACGAUCCCGAAAGAACAUCAAAAUUAUUGAAUCCGCUACGAACACAGCUAUCUAUUUCCCACCACCAUUCUCUCAAGUCUACAAAUACUGCCCAAAAGGUGCUCAACGCCGAAAUCCAGAGGAGAUUUUCAUCACGGGUGACAGGCUAGAAAACAUAGCCUCGGCGAAAAGCAGAAUUCAUGAGCUUGUUAGAAUGACGAGGCUCUUUAUGAAAGACGCCCAUGUAUCUGCCGCUAAGAUUGACAGCAUUCUCCUUACCAGGAUGGACAAGGUUCGUAAAAUCAUGGAGACGAACGGAACGUUUAUUCAGUUCCCGGCUCUUGCUUCUCAACGUAGCAUGAUCAGAAUUCAAGGCGUCGAAGGUCUCCACGUGGAACGAACAGUUCGAGAGCUCAUGCUCAUGUCUGUACAGUUUUACAGCGCAUCGUGGUGGAUCCAACAGCCACCGAAUCAAGCACCUUUACAACCAGCUCCACAAGCAAUCAGGGCGAUGCUAGUGGAUAUCUGUUCAUAUUCAUCAGCAGAUGUGACAUACGAUAAGCUACAAUGGACAAUUACUGGCUCCGAUGAAGCUGUAAAAGACGCAUUGAUUGUCAUUAGCAACAUAGCAUUGAACAAGCGGGGCUUUGCCUAUCAAAUUCGAGUCAAACUCGAGUUGGCAAAUGAGCACAAGGAAUUUGUUAGCGGUAAGAAGAAUGGAAAGAUCAACAAGAUCAUGGGUCAAAGCAAUGUUCAAAUCAUAUUUGAUGGAUUCAACGAGUACAACUUCAACAUUGACGUUUGCGGAAAUAAUUACGAUCAGAUGGCAACUGGCCUUGGCCUUGUCGAGCAAGAGAUGCCAGCUUCGAUUUCUUUCCAUGUUCCAGAUCAGUACCACAAGCGCAUCAUCGGCAUUGGUGGUCAACACAUCCAAAGAAUCAUGAAGAAGCACUCGGUUUUCGUCAAGUUCUCUAACGUCAUGGAUCGUGGUGGACCCAAUCGCGAGGAUGAUGACAUCAAGGCCGACAAUGUUAUCUGCCGAACACCAGCUCGUAACGCUCAUAAUUUAGAGCUUGUGAAGUCUGAAAUUCUUGAUAUGGUUGAUCGAGUUGACUCGGAAUUUACUUCCCAGAAGGUCAACGUUGACCGAUUGUAUCAUCGACAACUCCUCACCCGUCUCAACCAAAUUGAGGAAUUGGAAAAGAAAUGGAACUGCAAAGUCAUUUUCCCAAGCACCGAGCAAGCUAGUGACGAUGUCAUAAUCUCGGGGCCAGAAUGGCAGGUUCCCCAUUGUCUUGAUGAAUUCCUUGGGAUGGUUCCGGACAGUCAUGAGCUUGUUUUGGCUCGUACUCCGGAACUCAUGAAAUUUUUGGACUCCAAGGCCUUCAAAACAGACUUGUCUCCAAAGCUCAAGUCCCAGUAUGUGGUUGAGGUCCAAGUCAAUGAGGACUCUUCCGAAAGUACUGAAGAUGAUGGACCAACUAUCAUUCUCCUAUGGAAUUUCACCAGGAAUAAUGCCGGUGGAGUUCGAGAUGCAAUCGACUUCUUGUUCUCUCAUAUUGCUUCAGCUGGUAUUGAAGUUACCACUGUCAAGGGAACGAUUCCUCGUCCCAAGUCCGACUCAUUCGAGGAAUCUUUACCUUACUUCGAUUCUAAACUCUUACAGCACGCUCCUGCACCAAUGGCAACUGAUUCACCCACCAAGUCUUCCUUUGGCGAUGAUGCUGCGAGGGAGAGAAGCAACAUUUUCGAUAAACUUCGCAAACCUGGUAGCAUGUCAUCAAUUUCUUCAUUCUUGAAUGGCCGCAAGAAUAGCUCCCAAUCUCCUGCCGGUUCUUUCUUCAGGAAUGGGUCUCGCAAUGCGUCAAGGACCUCUUUGAUCUCCAUCGAAUCUACACGAAGCUUCAACGCGGACCGUAAUCCAUGGAACGACAGUGGUGUCAACUUGCCGGACGAUGAAACUACACCAUGGCCAACUCGCCAAUUUGGAAGUGGCAGUUUCAGUAGCCACGAUAAUAAGCACACGCUUGUGCAUCCAGGUGAUGCAACACCAAGACAUAGCAUAAGAGCUUCGACCGACAGCGGUCGCCCUUCAACUUCUAAUUCUACAAACUCUGGAUACCCCGGUCCAAUUGGACCACCGCGUUCUUAG